AUGCAGCAAAAUAAGAGUAUAACUGAGUUCAUACUAUUUGGAUUGACACAGGAUCCUAAGAGGCAGAAAAUGGUGUUCAUACUCUUCUUAAUUUUCUACAUUGGAACUGUGGUCGGGAAUUUACUCAUUAUUGUGGCCAUCAAGUUCAGUCCAGCCCUUGGGAGUCCAAUGUACUUCUUCCUGUUUUAUUUGUCCUUAACUGAUGCCUGCUUUUCAACUUCCAUAGCCCCUAGAUUAAUUAUAGAUGCCCUCUUUGCAAAGAAAGUCAUCUCCUACAAUGAAUGCAUGACACAAAUCUUUGCACUGCAUUUAUUUGGCUGCAUGGAGAUCUUCGUCCUCAUCCUUAUGGCUGGUGAUCGCUAUGUGGCCAUCUGCAAGCCUUUGCAUUACCAGACCAUUAUGAGACAACAGGUCUGCAUCAUGUUGAUCAUUCUCUCCUGGAUAGGAUCUUUUAUACAUUCCAUAUCUCAGAUUGCCCUGGUCUUGAAAUUGCCUUUCUGUGGACCCAACCUGAUUGAUCAUUACUGUUGUGAUUUGCAGCCCUUGUUAAAACUUGCCUGUAUGGACACUUAUGUAAUCAACCUACUACUGGUGUCCAACAGUGGGGCCCUUUGUUUGAGCGGUUUCUUGCUUCUAAUAAUCUCAUACUUUGUUAUCUUGCAUUCACUGCGAAAUCAUAGUGCAGAAGGGAGAAAAAAAGCCCUUUCCACCUGCACCUCCCACAUUACUGUUGUUGCAUUAUCCUUUGGCCCAUGUAUAUUCAUAUACACACGUCCACCAACUACUUUCCCCAUGGACAAGAUGGUGACAGUAUUUUAUACCAUCGGGACACCCUUUCUCAACCCACUCAUCUACACACUCAGGAAUGCAGAAGUGAAAAAUGCCAUCAAAAAGCUAUGGAGUAUCAAAAUUACCUCAGAAAACAAAUAA